AUGACUCCAAUCCCCGACUCCCUUCACUCCUCUCCCAGCUACUGCUCCCCGAAUCCGCUAUGCGAGUACUCCUCGACUACACACGUGGGCUGGCAGUCCUCUGGCUCAUGGCGUGACUCUUUCGAUAUUCUAUACAGCUGCCUCGCAACUCUCAUCGCUUGCGCAUGGUCUAUCCUAUCCCUCAACAUCCCCGCAAAGAGCGACAAGCGAUGGCGUAAGGUCCUGCGUAAGGUUAAAUGGAUGUGUAUCACGCUUGCAUUUCCUGAGUUCCUUGCAGCUAUUGCACUUAUUGAGCACUGGCGUGCGCGCCAGACGCGCGAUCAUAUUAGGCAGACGUUGAAACCUAACGCGGAACUAUGGACAACGACGCAUGGUUUCUUCGCUAAUAUGGGCGGGUACGUUCUCGUCUCCGAUGAUCGGGAUCCCUUGCCCUUGAUAGGGGAGACGCUUCAGGUUCUGAUUGACAAUGACAUCGUCGAGGUUCCGGACACGGAGCUAGAUGCUAUUAAAGAUCGGAGCAAGACAGAUACAUUCGCGCGCGUGUUCGCGUUGCUACAAUUAAUCUGGACGGUUAUCAAAAGUAUCGCCAGAUACGAAGAGGAUCUGCCCCUUGCGCCGUUAGAGGUGAUCACAGUAUGGUAUAUUCUCCCCAGCGUGUUAUCAUUCCUUCUUGAAUGGCCGAAACCUAAAGAUGUCGACAUUCCGAUCGAGAUCCAAUACCGUGGCAAGAUAGAGCAGGGGGUCGUCAACAAACUCUCGGGCAAUUACCUUGCGCUCUGCAAUAAGAACCUCAAAGAUAUGGGCACUGGCUCCAUCGGGAGGAUCCCUUUUGCUAGACCCGCCAUCUACUACUUACGCCACGACAUCGAUAGGCCGAAGUGGGUCAUCGCUUCCAUGUAUGUCCUGGGCUUUGCAACGGGAGCCUAUCAUGUUGGUCAUGUUCUCAUUCCCCCGGACCUAUUCGACGCACAUAUGCUGCCUAUUUGGCGCUACUCUAUAUUUAUUGCGACUAUUUUAGCAAUGUUCCUGACGUGGGUGGGAUUUACUCGCAAAGUCUUUCAUGUGCCCGCGAUCAUUUUGUGGUGGUUGGUCCAGUGGCGGUAUGCCGAACGGUGA